ACACGGAGCGGGGCUGGGAGGCUCAGAGCGCUCUCCGCGCACAUCUAACCUACAUAACCCUGAGCCGCUCUUCCUGGGCUCCCAUUAGCAGUAGCGGGGCGGGCGGCACAGGUAGCUGCAUCUCUAUGAGGCUCAGGGCUGCACAUCUCCGAGGUGACCACUUGCUCUGGUAGAAGUUGGUCGCCGUAGUCACUUCCCCCUACAGCUGUCUGAGGUGACUGCAGCUCCUGCCGCUAUUUAUGUCACCCCCACACAAGUGACAGUGAGGAGAGACGACACUAACUCGGGCUCCAUUGUGUUAGUGACAAGGACCGGAGGCCAGUGACCGUGCUGCGCGCCCAGUGGUGGCGAGGUGGAGGAGGAGAGGGGGACAAGGCAGAGAACGAGCCCGGCAGCAGCGGCACCGGCAGGCUCCGGCUAGGAGCUGUCCUGCGCCCUCGGACCUUCCGUCGCUGCCGUUUCUCGUGUGUGUUUGUGCGCUGCUGCGCGUCCCCAAGCACCCCGACCCUGCACCACCCGAGGAGGAAACCGGGGGGAGGAGGCGGCGGCGGCAUGGCUUCUACUACCACCUGCACCAGGUUCACGGACGAGUACCAGCUCUUCGAGGAACUCGGGAAGGGAGCCUUCUCUGUGGUGAAAAGAUGCAUGAAGAUUACCACAGGACAAGAGUACGCCGCCAAAAUUAUCAACACCAAAAAGCUUUCUGCACGAGAUCACCAGAAAUUGGAACGUGAAGCAAGGAUCUGUCGCUUACUGAAGCAUCCCAAUAUUGUUCGACUUCAUGACAGCAUAUCAGAAGAAGGGUACCAUUACUUAGUCUUUGACUUAGUUACUGGUGGAGAGUUAUUUGAAGAUAUAGUAGCAAGAGAAUACUAUAGUGAAGCGGAUGCAAGUCAUUGUAUACAGCAGAUUCUAGAAAGUGUAAAUCAUUGUCAUCUUAAUGGCAUAGUUCACAGAGACCUGAAGCCUGAAAAUUUGCUAUUAGCUAGCAAAUCAAAAGGUGCAGCUGUGAAACUUGCAGAUUUUGGCCUAGCAAUUGAAGUUCAAGGAGAUCAACAAGCAUGGUUUGGUUUUGCAGGAACACCAGGGUAUCUGUCUCCAGAAGUCUUACGAAAGGACCCUUAUGGAAAACCAGUGGAUAUGUGGGCAUGCGGUGUUAUUCUAUACAUCCUGCUUGUGGGUUAUCCUCCAUUCUGGGAUGAGGACCAACACAGACUGUAUCAGCAGAUAAAGGCUGGUGCUUAUGAUUUUCCAUCACCGGAGUGGGAUACAGUUACUCCUGAAGCCAAAGAUCUGAUCAAUAAAAUGCUUACAAUCAAUCCUGCCAAACGCAUCACCGCAUCUGAAGCACUCAAGCAUCCAUGGAUCUGUCAACGUUCCACCGUUGCAUCCAUGAUGCACAGACAAGAAACUGUAGACUGUUUGAAGAAGUUUAAUGCAAGAAGAAAGCUAAAGGGGGCUAUACUGACCACCAUGCUCGCUACUAGGAACUUUUCAGCAGCAAGAAGUUUGUUGAAGAAACCUGAUGGAGUCAAGGAAUCCACAGAGAGCUCUAACACCACCAUUGAAGACGAAGAUGUAAAAGCUCGCAAGCAGGAAAUCAUCAAAGUGACAGAGCAGCUUAUUGAAGCAAUUAACAAUGGAGACUUUGAAGCCUAUACAAAGAUUUGUGAUCCUGGCCUUACUUCAUUUGAGCCUGAAGCACUGGGAAACCUUGUGGAGGGCAUGGAUUUCCAUCGAUUCUACUUUGAAAAUGCUUUAUCCAAGAGCAACAAGCCAAUCCAUACGAUUAUCCUUAACCCUCAUGUUCACUUGAUUGGAGAAGAUGCUGCUUGCAUUGCCUACAUUCGACUCACCCAGUAUAUGGAUAACAUGGGGUUGCCGAAGACUAUGCAAUCUGAAGAAACCCGUGUGUGGCACCGCCGUGAUGGAAAAUGGCAGAAUGUACACUUCCACCGUUCUGGGUCACCAACAAUACCCAAGUAAGGACAAGCCAAUUGCAUUAGAUAUCCUUGAGACAGCAAAAUAUGUCAUUCUGACCAACUUGAGCAUAUGUGCCUCCUUGUACUACAUUUUCUUUCAUUUCUAGCUCUAGCAUUUUUCUCUUAAAGCUGAUCUAAUAAUGCCUGUGCCCCCACCAUUUGAAAACAGUCUACUGCAGAUGGUGCUGACACUUCAUGACUUCUUCCAAUAUAUAAGACCACAAGUGGACACUUGCAGCAUUUUUGUAACUUGGUGCUUGGAUGAUGGUUUGUUCUGACCAAAUUAUAUUUGAAGACUAUUCAUUAAAAACAGGGAAUAUGAAGAAAAUGCAACCCUUCCUUACAUAUCAAGUUGACCAUCUACAGUUUGCACGUGUUCUAUUCUUCUCAUACUUACUUCAAUGUCUCUCUCUUUCUUUCUUUUUCUUUCUCUCUCUCUCUCUCUCUCUCUCUCUCUUCCUUGUAGCUAACUCUAAGCCUUCCAAGCCUUUUAUUGUAAACACUCAAGACAACUGGAUGGUAUCUUAGACCAACUGCAUCCUUCCUGUGUGUCCUAAUCACAAGUGUUUAUUUGAGCACAGAAUGUCUCCAUGUGUAAUGCUUUUGUGUGUUGUAUUUUCUAUAUUUUCAUCAUGACCACACCUUACUAAGGUCCCAACAAAGGAUCAUACAGUACUUGCUUACACUGAAAACAAUAUGACUAUUCCUUUGCGUCUACAUAUCUGACUACAUACCUAUCUGCCAGUGCUGAUUAAAAUCCAAACCUUUUUACUUUUUUGUUGAUUAGUUCAUGCUGGAUUAUUAGUAGAUGAGAACCCAGGGCCUGAUUUAUCAUAUUCAAAAUAAUUAGUUUGGAACAUAUAAAGUAUUUUAUUAGCAAGAAAGUAAUCUUAUGUCAAUAUGCAGUAAAUACCGACAUUUGUAACUACUGUAUUAUGGUCAAUAAGUGCAAGUUGGAAUUUCUAGUAUACGUAUCUAUUACACAUUUGUUUAUAUAUACACCAAGGAUUUUUGUCUUAUUAUUAUCGAGGAUAUCAAUAACUAUGAAUGGGUGAUGGUGGUGGAUUUUGAUAAUAGACCAAGCAAAAUUUUGCAAUCAGGGUAAUUUAGUGCUUUCACAAAAUAUGAUUUUUUUUGUGUCCUCGUCCAGAAUUAGAGUGAGAUUUAGAUAUUGUGUGUUGUAAUGAAUGUGCAUUCUAAUGGUUAUGUUACACAAAAUAGCAAGCAAUCUACUGUAUGCAAGAAGAGAAAUAAUUCUCAUAGUAAUUACGUAGAACUUUAUACUUAUCCAAUGUACAAUACAGCCCAUACUAUAUUGGCCUUGUGAAUGAUAUUGUAGGAAGAUAAUGAAAAUUUUUCUAUAGAAGUGCAAUUUAAUAUGCCCAUGUACUCUAUUGGUUAUGUUUUGUAGUCAUGUAGUAAUAUUCAUACUGCUACAUACAUCUGUAUGUUCAAUUCCAUUUUUCAAUUUCUCUCUAGCGGCGGUUAACUUCACGCAUGCAUAAGACAUUUUCAUCCUUUUUUUUUUUUUUUUUUUUUUUUGUCCACCGCAUAGUCUUUUAAAUUUAUAUUAUUAAACCUCUUUAAAAUGUUAAUGUUGUUGAAUAUUGGAUGUAUUGCUAGUAUGCUAUUGAGCAUUUCAUUUUCUACCAUAUGUAAUCCAAAUGUGUUGAGCCAUUUAAACCUGCCAAUUUAAUUCUGUGGAAGAAAUGUAUUUUUUUCUGUACAUCUUUAGUCUAGAAGUGGUUCCACUGUUAGCAUUUAGAUAUAGUGCAUGAUGUAACGUUCUUAUUUUUUACUUUUCAUUUAAGUAUAGCAUGGUAUGCGGAUAUAGUACCGUAGAUCAACUCUGUCUUCCACAAAACCAUGUGAGAUUAGGUAGCACCAUGGUGGUUUUAUUUUAUCAUCUUUUGUAAUGUUGCAAUAUAUUGUACCAAUGAACACCAUG